AUUAUCUUCUUUUUGAGGGACUCGUUUAUGUUUUUUCCCAGAUCUUGAAUGGGAUUCAUUAUCGGAGAUCUCCAUCUCUGGAGAUCCUCCACUAUUCUCCAUUUUACAAAAAUUUGUGUCUUAUUUCUAAUCUAUUAUUGAUUUUAACAAUAAUCUCAAAAAAAAAAUAACAAAACAAACAAACAAAAAAUUAUGAUGAUAAUAUUAAGCAUUGAACAUAUGAGUUGAACAAUAAUAUUAACAUUAAAUAUGUGUACCUUAAUAUAAAAGUUGUUCCGAUACUGCGCUCUACUGCCCUAACCAGGGAGAGACAGAGGCUACGCGCUAUGGAUCAACACAAUAGCGCAAUAAUAGCUCACACGGUCACGUGAUGAUAAUUCCCGUUAACGACAGCCACACGCUGGCGAUCCCGUUAUGCCAAUGUUCAACAGCCGCCAAGGGCUGCAAACUGCAAGAGCGCUGCUUCCUUUGUUCCACUUCACAAAAGGUCAAUUCGAAAGCGGACAGCAAUGACCUUCACUCGCACAAUAGUAAAAGUGGAAACGCACAAUGACGACACUGAACUUUACUCAUCAAGAGUUGGAUAGCGAAUGUCGCGACGGGAUGAACUCCAAAUGAAUCCAACUGAGAGCAAAGCACUUUUCAUAACAAGCCAACGUCGCCGAGCUAGAGGCCUCGCAGCGGAACUCUUCAAGGGUGGCCCGGAAAAUUUUAUAGUGUGUAUACACCGGUUGAUAGUCAGGAUCUGGAACACGGUAGAGCUACUGAAGGAGUGGAAAGAAGAGGUAAUCUACCCCAUAGAUGAAAUAGAUGACAAGCUGGAUUGUGGAAACAACCGUGCAAUUACGAUCCUGAAUGGUGCCUACAAAAUUUCAUCCUAGAUCCUCGAUCCGAUCCGAACGAAUGGGAAUGAGAAAUUUUCUCUAAGAAACUUUCCUCUUUACGGGAGUUAUUAAAAGCCUUCAGAUGAAGAUUGAAUAUCUAUCGUAUAAGCAUCGUCAUCGAGUAAUGAUGUAGCUAUUCCGUCCAGCAGACACAACUAUCACGACCUGAGAUGCACCAAACCCCGAACUUCGAUUUUACUAUUGAAAAUGUCCGAGAUCUGAGUCGUAUUCACAUACCCAAUAUAGAAAAAAUCAUUUGAAGAAACAUAUUUAAAAACGAAAUACAUCUGUGUGUAUUUCUUAUAGAUUCCACGCCAAAAUCAUCCGUAAAAUGUCAAUGCAUACUCAAUUAAUGAAAUUCUUUUAAAACUUUUUAGCUGAACAUCUUAAAAGUCACUUUUCUCUGUACAACCAGUCGGACCCAUCCUUAUCGCAUACAUCGCGUAAAACCGAAUACGCUGUAUGCUUCCAUCCCCACGAGUACAAUUUAAGGUUGCCUCUUACAAGAAGGCAUACAACACUGCAAAUAGAGUCAGGAACCAUGAGUAAAAAAACGGAACAUAACUCAAACUUCAUAGCAUACACCAAAGAAACCAUGGCCAAAUCCCGCCCUGAGUUGGUGAAACAAAAGGAAGCCAUCGAAACAUUCAACGAGUCAUUGAGCUCUCCCAAAUAUUCAGAGUAUCGAUCAUCAUUUAUUCCAUAUAAACUGAUCGAUUUUUCAGAUCAUACAGGAGAACUUGUUCAGAGUAAUGGUACACGGAAUGGCGAAAAAGAAAGGGAACGGAUAAGUUCGGAUCUGAGUUUGCACAAUAAAAAGAAAUUUGAGAGAACCAACAUCAAGUUGAACGGAAAUAUUAUGCUGGAACCCGAAUAUAAGAAUAAAUAUAUUGAGUUUCCUAUUGAGAAAUCACAGUCAACUCCACAACUAAAUAAUAUCAAUUUUAGUGCUAACAUAAAAGGAAUGCCAUCCGAAUACAUGGAAUGUUACAAAAGCUACGAUCAUUUCAUAAAAAGUGCACCAAUCAAAAAAGUUGAUAACCUCAGUUUGAGUGGAUUAGUCGAUCUGGUUCCAGAGUACAAGGACCAUUUUCGUUGUCCCUCGCAGAAUACAGUGGAUCGAUCCAGUUAUGCGAAGCGUGAAGAUAACCUUCUUCUCGAUGGCGAGUUUAGUAAGUUACUGCCCGAAUACAACAGCAGUUACCGGAAUCCUGCAAUCACACAGAAACCUGAAAUUGCCAAACCAAAAGCUGGGAUAUUGAAACUAGAAGGAAAUAUGAGUUACGAGCCAACAUACAGGUGUUCAUUUAUAGAUUUUCCACGAAGUCGACCAGUAAUUUCGAAACCUAUAUCAAAUAUGAAAUUUGAAACGCAAGACUCAGCUGAGGAACGAAGUAAUAAGAAAAAUAAUGGACAACAAAAAUUACGCAGCAGAAUACCUGUUUUGAAUCAGCACAAACCUGCAACAGAUGAGGAAUUGGCCCAAUUUGCAUCUCUGCCAGAAUAUAGAAAAGCGAAAAGAGAACUACUCAUUAAGACGAAACCAUUACAAUCUUCGAAAAGUUUUCUAGCCCAAACCAUCCACGAUGGAAAGAACAAAAUCGGAUUGCGGCAAGACGGGAACAGCGUGUCGACCAAGAUUACAGGGAAUGACCAAGAGGAUUACUCAUCGAAGGCAAAUUCGUACCAUUACAUUUCUGGAAAUGAGCGAAACACUAAAGAGAAAAAGAAAUUCGAUAGUAAUGUCCAAAAAUCUUCGAUACUUGCGAUUAAAAUGGAAAAUGACAAGGCCCUCCAUAAUAUAAGCCAGCUUCGGGGUGGGAAAAAAACCUUCAGAAAUAACCAAAGCAAUAUAAUUGAAGCAAACAAACACUACGCGGAAAACACAAGUGAUCAAUAUCGCAAAUAUCAUUUGAGCCGAAGAAAAACUGAGUCGCGAAAUACGGUUCCACAAUCUUUCGUAGUCUUAAACGCCCCGAUAAAACAGAGAAAUAAGCGAUGGUUUGCACCAACUAAUAUUUAUGACUCCCACAUGUAUUAGUGUUCCAUAAUUGUUGAUCGUGAAACUGCCAUAUUUGUUUUAGGAAAAUUUUACCAUCAAGAUGCUGUUUCAAUGAACAUGGACUAUAUAGAUUGAGCAUUGUGAUUUUUAUAAAAUUGAUCUAAUAAAUAUGAUAAAAACCAGGAGUUAUUAUAUUUACAUGAUAA